GUGCGAGGUAUGUAACUGUGUGGUUUGCUUUUUAACUCCUCACUCUCCCUUUCCUUCCGAAACCAUUACUCAAUUCAAUCAGCCAUGGCGGCCGCCGUAGCGCUUUGCCCUGUUCCCGUAAAAGCUCACAAACCUGGCUAUUCUGCAGUUGGUUCCAGAAAUGCCUUCUCUACAAGUUUGAUCGGCGAGUACCAGAAAGUGCAGAAAUGGAACCGUUUCGAGCUCCGGAGGCUGCAGGUCUCUUCUGCUGCUGUUAAUGAUAAUGCAGUGACUGUAAGCGACUCUUCUCGUCCCCCCAUUCGUUCUACGGUGAUGCGACAUACUAUAUCUGUGUUUGUUGGUGAUGAAAGUGGAAUAAUAAAUCGAAUUGCGGGCGUCUUUGCUAGGAGAGGUUACAACAUUGAGUCCCUUGCCGUUGGAUUGAACAAGGAUAAGGCUCUCUUUACCAUUGUUGUCACUGGAACGGAGAAUGUCUUGAGGCAAGUUGUGGAGCAGCUAAACAAACUUGUCAAUGUGAUCAAGGUAGAAGAUAUCUCAAGACAGCCCCAAGUGGAGCGUGAGUUGGUGCUUAUGAAACUCAAUGCAGAUUCAAGUACUCGUGCUGAGAUAAUGUGGUUAGUCGACAUCUUUAGAGGAAAAAUUGUGGAUAUUUCAGAACAUUCAGUGACAAUUGAGGUGACCGGAGAUCCUGGUAAGCUGGUUGCUGUUGAAAGAAAUUUCAGCAAGUUUGGAAUUCGAGAACUUGCUAGAACUGGAAAGAUAGCAUUGAGAAGGGAGAAAAUGGGGGAGACAGCUCCCUUUUGGAGGUUCUCAGCAGCCUCUUAUCCUGAUCUCGAAGAUUCAAGGCCAGUUGACCCCUUUGUAGGGGAUGCGAUUCAAUCACUCAAUGGCAAAGUCCCUACAUCAACCGGAGAUGUAUAUCCUGUGGAGCCAUAUGAAAAAUUUCAUUCCAAUCAAGUUCUUGACGCUCACUGGGGUGUUCUCUAUGAUGAAGAUUCAAGUGGUCAUCAAUCACAUACAUUGUCUAUGCUAGUAAAUGACUAUCCUGGUGUUCUCAAUGUUGUUACUGGGAUUAUUUCUAGAAGAGGCUAUAAUAUUCAGAGUCUUGCUGUAGGACAUGCAGAAAGGCAGGGAUUAUCUCGUAUCACAACAGUCAUUCCUGGAACUGAUGAGUCCAUUGGAAAGUUGGUUCAGCAGCUUCAUAAAUUAAUAGAUCUUCAUGAGGUGCGGGAUCUAACUCACUUGCCAUUUGCUGAGAGAGAAUUAAUGUUGAUAAAAAUUGCAGCAAAUGCUGCUGCCAGAAGGGAUGUCCUUGAUAUUGCUGACAUCUUCCGUGCAAAAGCUGUUGAUGUGUCUGGUCAUACAAUUACUCUUCAGCUCACCGGUGAUUUAAACAAGAUGGUUGCAUUGCAGCGGUUACUGGAGCCAUUCGGGAUAUGCGAGGUGGCAAGGACAGGAAGGGUGGCAUUGGGAAGAGAAUCAGGUGUGGACUCGGCAUAUCUUCGGGGCUAUUCCCUUCCAAUCUAAGUCCCAGUUAAUUGAUAUCUCGUACACUUGAUGGACUUGAUUUGAAAAUUGGACUGUAAAUGAUUCUGGUUGAAGAACAAACUCAGAUUUCAAAGUUGGCGGGAUGAUGGUUUCUUCUACUGGAUUGUGUAUCGCCAAAAACGCAGCUAUAAGUUUUGAGGCAUUUUAAAUGUAUUGUAGUCACUGUCGGCUUAAAAACAUUUCUAGAUUAGUUUGUUAAGUAGUGGAAGUACAUUCUUGUUGUACCAAUGGUAGUACUAUGUUAGUCAAUUGUGUACUUCUAGUUGUUCAAGGGAGAUUCUAAACUAGUAAUCAAUUAGUUGAACUUUCUUUUUGUAAUGAUAUUCUAAGUGGUAAAGUUAAGUUCAUUAAAGUAUCUUCAAGACACA